AGCCUACUACUUCUUCCCCCUACUACUACUACUCAGCGUAGAAUAUUUUUUUGGCUAGUCUGGGGCAUCAUGUGAUAGACCCGGAUAAGCAAACACGAAUGCUUCUAACAUGAUAAACAUUUAGGUUGUGUGUGAUAGCUCGCUAGGACGAAGUUUAAUUCGUGGUGUCUAUCUUAUGGCAAUAUUAUUUAAUUGUAUGUACUCUUAUGUAUGGGGUUUUCUCCUGUUGUGCGCUGCUGUAGUGUCAACGGAAGGUGUGAAUACACGAUAUUCUCUGGGCGAUGACCUCCUGUCACCCUACCCCUCUGGGUCCCAGCAUGGCUCUCCCCAUUCCCACCGGCACGUGAGGGACUGCCAGCCUGUCAUCCAUGGCAACGUAACCCACGAAACCUGGCCGGCCCACAACCGCAGUGCCUCCCCCGUGGCCGAGUCCAGGGUGUUUGUGUCAGACAUUUCCUCCAGGUGGGUGAGCGGCCACAUCACGGUGGUCAGCGACCCUCUGAGGACCGUGUCCGUGUUGGAGCCCGGGGGUCAGGGAGGCUGCCAGCAAAGCCGGACAACGCGGGUGUCGGAGACGGCCAGACCGAAGAAGUGCCUGUACGCGCAGAACGGAGGCUUCUUUGACACGGACAAGAACUCUUGUCUGGGGAACGUGGUGAGCGAUGGGAAGAUGGUGCAGGACAGCGGAGGGGUGCAGAAUGCCCAGUUUGGGAUCAGGAAGGAUGGCACACUGGUCUUUGGGUACCUGUCCGAGGAGGACGUUCUGGAGCGGGAGAACCCGUUUGUGCAGCUCGUCUCCGGGGUGGUGUGGCUGCUCAGGAACGGACGGGUGUACAUCAAUGAGAGCAUGGAAGCCGAGUGCAGCACAUCCCAGAAGACAGGAUCAUUUGGGGAGUUUGUGAACGUGCUGUCGGCCAGGACGGCCGUGGGUCACGACGCUGAAGGCAGACUCGUCCUCUUCCACAUCGACGGCCAGACGUACCGCAGAGGCAUGAGCCUGGGGGAAGUGGCCAGUUACCUCCAGAGUCACGGGGUCAUCAACGCCAUCAACCUGGACGGAGGAGGAUCCGCCACCUACGUGGCCAACGGUUCCCUGGCCAGCUACCCCUCUGACCACUGUAAGAACCCCGAGUGGCGAUGCCCGCGCGCCGUCUCCACCGUGCUGUGCGUCCACGAGCCCCUGUGCCAACCGGAGGACUGCAGCGGGCACGGGACCUGUGUCCAGGGGAACUGCCAGUGCCACCCAGGGUGGCGGGACCCAGAUUGUGCCAGUCUUGUGUGCCAGCCCCCGGCAUGUGGUGACCACGGAGUGUGCACAGAGAAUGGCUGUGCCUGUGACGCCGGCUGGAUAGGCUCAAACUGUAGCCAAGGUAAGCGCGCCCGAGUGUCAGGCGCGUCGGCCGUGACCAUCCUAUCCAUCCCUAGAAUGCGAGAAAGGAAAGCUCAGUUCCUGUUUGACGGCCGUUACAGAGUCUGUCCUACGGGUUUCUAUGGCGACGGCUGCAAUCAAACAUGCAGAUGUGCAAACGGAGGCACAUGCGACCCCGUCCACGGCAGCUGCUCUUGUCUGGCCGGUUUCCAUGGUGAUCUGUGUGAACAAGAAUGCCCCCUGGGCUUCUACGGGCUGAGCUGUCUGUUGCCGUGCCAGUGCGCAGACAUGUGUCCCUGUGACCCAGUCACAGGAAGCUGCAACGUCACCUUCCACGGAGAGCAAAACAACACCAUGCACAGAGUUGGCCACUGCCUUGCCAUGGGGCUGUGGAGAGACUGGAAAGAAGAAGACGCACACACACCAAAGCCUUACUUUACUGAGCGGACCUGGCUUGCUAUCGCCACAGUCUUGGCCUCUCUGUUGAUGGCGAGUGUGGCCGGUAACCUGAUCCAAGCGUGCCGAAAAUGUAGCGUGCGUCCCCGCCAGCCGCAGUACUCCUACACCCCCCUGCACGAGCUGAACGGGGGCCUGAGCCGGGGAGAGGCGCAGGGCAGAGGUGGGGGAAAAAGAGGAGGGGACUUCCAGCUGGAGGACUCGGAUGAGGAUUCCUCCUGAUAGCAGACGCCAGAGAAUGUGCCUGUGUGUGUGUUUCUGUGUGUGUGUGUGUGUGUGUGUGUCCAUGUCGGGGGUACGGAGAUUUGAUCCCAUGUACACCCCCCCCCCCCCCCCCCCCCAGGUCUGUGGUCUGUUUGUUAGUUAAUGUCACCCAAUUGAAGGAGACUGAGCAUAGCAUAUGAAUGUCUGGAUAGGUGUGUGUGUGUGUGAGUGUGAGAGACUGCAAGACACAGAGAGUGACAUAAUGAGAGAGAAGUUGAUAGAUAAUAUGCUAGCCAAGAAGUGUGUGACUGACACUUGUUUGUUUGUGUGUUUGCGUCUCUAUGUCUGCAUCUCUGUAUGUGUGUGUGUGUGUGUGUGUGCUUGUUGUCCUGUGGCUUAAUUGAAGCCCCUGCCUUAGCGAGUGCCUCAGAGGGGGUUUUUUUUGCACUGAGAGCUUUCCACAAUCCACCCUCAUUAGCACUUGCUCCCCAUUCGUCAAAGAGAGGGCGAGAAAGAGAGCGAGGGAGAGAGAGCGAAGGAGAGAGGGAGAGAGAGCGAAGGAGAGAA